GGUGGAAAAGAUGGAAUUGCUGCUUUUAUAUAUUAUAAUUUUACUUUUGAACCUAUUUGAUUUUUCAUCAGGAGUAAUAUAUAAUAAAGGUGAUAUGGAGAAACACUUUGCUUGUGAUAGCCAAGGCUUCCCCCAAAAGAAUAAAAUAAUCAAGUUAUAUCUUUCCUCAGAUGACUUGAAAAUCGAGUGUUUUUUCCAAUCUGAAAGUGAGCUUUCUUCGAAGGAAUUUCUGGGUGUGUUCACAUCAGGAGGACUUGCUCCGAGCUUGGGAAUUAUAAAUAGUACAUAUACUGGCAUCUUCCACUUUAAUUUAACUUUGUUCAGUGAUCGAAUUUACUGGUUGAUCAAUAUUCCCAGAGAAAACAUUACAAAAAAUACAGAUAUUGCAGCUGUAGAAGAAUGGUUAGUAAGGAUCACUUUACAACAUGGAUUAAAUAUUUAUACUACUCAAGGAACACUAUUGGAUAAUGUUCGAGAGAUAGAGACAGCCAGCGAGAGA